UUUGACACACCCACUCCUAUGCUAUGAGUAGGAAUAUUAUCUCUUCAUUUCCGUUUAUUUUUCAAGAUAGACUGUUUUUUCAUGUUAGAAAAACCCUACUAUUGACUGUGUACUCAUUCUACAAUUUCUGGACGUUCAAACCAGUAAAUAGAAGACUUUUUAUGCAAGAAAACGUGCCAAACUUUCUGACCGGUAGCUGAAUCUGCAACAGUUGAAAAAUGGAAAAGCUAAACAGCAUCAUCAGCCAGCUCAAAGUGUUUUUAAAGACAGACAGGCUUUCUCAGGUUAGAGAUGCCCUUCCGGAUUCGUUAUUCCUUUUGGAGAAGGGAUAUAAUUUAGUAACGACAGACAAUACAACGAGAUACUCGUUGAAACUAAUUGAAAGCGUAAUCGACAUCUCUUGGGAAGAUCUUAACAUAGGCCAUUGGAGUACAGUGCCAGAGAAUCAUAGAAAACUGCAUGCGCUUGCUUGUUUUUUAAAAGUUAUAGGAUUGCUCCAAUUGGCGAUGCAGGAUGAUGAAAAUACGGCGGACAAUUUAAAGGAAGCUGUACGAACUGCUGACUUAGGAUUGAUUUUAGGUUGUGGCUUUCAUGAUGAACUUUCAACUGCUGCUAGACUAAUCAGCUCAGCUUUAUUUGAACUUGAAUCAGACAGUUUUGACCCUGAAAUUUCCAAGUGUACUUAUUCUUCUAACUGUGAUGCAUUCCCAGGAAUAAAAGGAGAAGAAAUAUGUUCUCUCAAACUCCCUUCAUUGCAAUAUUUCAGCGAACAUCAUUUUUAUCCACAGAAACCAGCCAUAUUGCUUGAUUGUAUCUCUCAUUGGCCAGCAUUUGGAAAGUGGGAUAAUAUAAAUUAUUUAAAAAAGGUCGCUGGGCACAGAACAGUACCGAUUGAACUCGGAUCAUCGUAUACGGAAAACGAUUGGGGGAUGCGGCUGACGACUUUACAGGAAUUUAUCGAAAACCAUAUUAUCAGAAAAGGCGAUUCAGUUGGAUACCUUGCCCAGCAUCAACUGUUCAAUCAGGUCCCUGAAUUGCAAAAUGAUAUUUGCGUACCUGAAUAUUGUUGUAUUUCAGAUUUAGAAGACGGAAGUUACGGAGUAGACACAAAUGCUUGGUUCGGCCCAGCAGGAACUGUAACUCCGUUGCAUUACGAUCCUAAACACAACUUAUUCUGCCAGGUCGUUGGUAGCAAGAGGGUAUUAUUGUACUCACCAGAAGAUUCGGAAAAUUUAUAUCCUCAUGAUGCUACAAUGCUCAAUAAUACGGCACAGGUCGAUCCUUAUUCUCCAAACUACGAUUUAUUUCCAAAAUAUAGACAAGCCAAAGCAUAUGAAUGCCAUUUAAGACCAGGGGAGAUGUUAUACAUUCCUCCAAAAUGGUGGCAUCAUAUCCGAUCUUUGGAUAUUAGCUUCUCAGUCAGUUUUUGGUGGGAAUAAGAAAAAAAAUGAUUUAAACGGUUUUGGAGCUAAUGAAGAUUCAUGAUGCACAAACGCAUGCCUGACCCAUUCUUCAUCGUAAAACCUUGGAUCAGCAAGUCUUAGAA